GUCUGGAUUUUCAGUUUCCUAUUAUUUUGAUAUUUCAUUUUUAGCCUGUGAUUUUGGUUUUAAUUUGUAAAAUAAAUAUAUACUUAUUAUUUUAAGUGGCCACGUAUAAAAUGUAUAUUAGCUUAAAUUAUUAUUCUGUUAAUUCAAAAAAUUUCAGCGGAAUCGAAUGAAAACUUCUAGAUUAUAUUUUGUACUCUUUAUUCUUUAGUUAUUCCACACAUAAAUAACAGCAAUGGAUUUUUUAAAUACUAAUACCGGACAAAAUAACUUCAAUAAUCCAAAUGGUGGUCAUACUGCAGUUUAUAUUGAUGACCGACCAAUGAAUAAUGUAGAAGGACGGAUGACUGUGUCUGGAUCACUAAUGCAAAAUAUUGGUGACCCUGGGUUCAACACAUUAGAUGAACCUAUUAAAACUACUAUUAUGAGAGACUUAAAAGCAGUUGGAAUGAAAUUCAAGCACGUCUUGUAUUUAAAAGAAAAAAAUACGCUUCUAAAAGAGUGGGACUUGUGGGGCCCUUUGAUGCUUUGCACUUUCAUGGCCAUGGUUCUACAAGCAUCGCCAGAUUCUGUACAAAUUGGUGAUGGAGGUCCUGAGUUUGCUGAGGUUUUUGUUAUUAUUUGGAUAGGGUCUGUAAUUAUUACAUUAAAUUCAAAAUUACUCGGUGGCACAAUAUCAUUUUUCCAGAGUGUAUGUGUCUUAGGUUACUGUUUACUACCAAUUGUUAUAGCCUUGAUAAUAUGCAGAUUUAUUUUAAUAUUUGAGCAAACCAAUUUCUUAUUUUUUAUUCGAUUUGCCAUAUCAAUUGGUUCAUUUUUAUGGUCCACGUAUGCCUCUGUUGUAUUCCUUGGAGAUAGUCAACCUCAGGGGAAAAAAGCUCUAGCUGUUUAUCCAAUAUUUUUGUUUUACUUUAUCAUGUCAUGGCUUGUAUUAUCACAUACAGUAUAGCGUUGUUGAUCAAAAUUACAUUUUGAGAUGUUACGUGAGUUUUGUUUAUGACUUGUAAUUAUUUAUUCUGUUUUAAAUUUUAACUGUUAAGUACCUAACUAUUAAUAUUUGGCGCUUGAUGCCUUCAAUGUAAAGUACCCUGUCAUGUGAAUAAAAGUGCUAUGUUUAUUGUUUCUGUGCAAUAAAUCUUUCAUAAUAUUAUUGUUUAUUGUGUUUUUAUAGUUUCAAGUAUAUCAAUCUUAUUAUUUUUCUCUUAUUAUAAUGUUAUUCAAUUUUAUGGUUAGUUGUUUAUGAUAAAUUGUUUAAAUUAAUGUUAAAUAAUAAGAAUAGUUAAUAUUGAUCACAGUAAGUUAUUUGUUUAACUACCCAGAGUGACCAUGUUUAUUCAUAUACUUAAAAACGCAUUAUUUUUAACUUUAUAUUUGGUACACAUAUGAUCAUAAUACAUUUGUUACAAUUAAAAAAAAUAUUUUAUCAUAAAGUGUGUAAUUAUUUAUAUUUUGAAUUUGAACUCAAUUACAAGACUUAAUGAAACAGGUUUCUCUAAUUAAAUGUAUUAUGGAAUAAACAUGGAAAUCUAUAAUGAGUAUAUACUUUUCGAGUAGCCUCUCAAAAAAAUACCACUUCAAACACUUAAGUUUUUUGCUAGUUAUUAUUGUAGUAUGAAAAGUUUAAAUGUUAAUUAUAUGACAUAAUAUGUAUGUUUAUAUAAAUCUACAAAAUAGAUGUAUACAAAACUAAACAACCAAAUGUAGAUCGUUGAACUGUCCUAUAACUUAUAUAAGUAAUCCUUUUUGUCAAUCAAUUUGUUUAUAUUUUUUUCUACAGCCAAUAUGACUGUCAUCAUUAUUAAUGGUCCCGAUUUUUCUUCUUUUAUGAUUGAACAUAAAUUUGGUUUUAAUAAUUUCUGUGUUUGAAAGUACUCUCACAUAGCACUUGUAUAAUGUCAAAUUUAAUAUAAAUUUGAAAACUAUGAAUACAUUAUAAAACAAAUUUGAUUAAAAAGAUAGUUUUUGAGUUAUAUUAAAAGUGAAGUAUAUAUUAAUAAAUAAUUUCAUGUAUCCGGUAAUUAUACGUUUAUACACUUUAUGCUGGUAUUGUGAAUUUACUUAAUGUAAUUAACCUCUAAAAUAUUUUUUAGCUUAUAAGUGUUUAAAAUAUAUAUAUAAGGGCCACAUCAAAAAUUAAAAUUUACUGGUUGGGAUCUUGUAAAUGAUCACCUCUUAGCUGCCCUGGGCCAGGCCGACGCUGUCUAUAAGACUUAAGUAUGAUAUUUUAUAUUAAUAUACAUAAUCCAUCUGUAUCAAAUUUAAUUUAUUUUUAUAAAAAUUGUACAACAAUGUUUUUACUAUCUCAGCGAGGACUUGCUGAGAUCUUAUAGCAUUUCUUGCCUUAAUCUCAAAAUGAAUAUACCUAAAAUGAAUUUUAUUUUUACAUA